UUCAUUGAUUACUUUGACUCUGACGUUGUUAAAAUUUUAGCUAAAUCAUUGCUGGUGACUCGGCAACUUAGAUCCCCAAACUUUAUAAUUUUAUGGCCCUGAAGUAUCAUGUGACAGAAUGACAGUGUCAACUAAUAUGCUUUUUAUGGGGGACCGCACUUAUUUUGUGAUGUUCCAUUGUUACAAGCUGUGUCUUUUCUUGCAAGUUUAUUGUGGAAACACAUGCAACAUGCACUUAAGUUUUUGCUAUAAUCUGUUACUGCUGUUUGAAAUAUUUUCUGCUAUUUCAGUUACUUCAGGUAUUUAAGGCUUGGAAUGGCUAUCUAAUGGAGACUGAUAAGAGAGGUUUCAUGGGGACGUUUGUAGGCCAUUUUGUGCCUGCUUUGGCUUUAAUCCUCCUCGGGUUAUGGCACACCAUCAACACUGUCAGAGCCUACUGCCUCAAAGGGUCCACAAGCUUCAAUGCAAAGUUUUGGUACCCUUUCUAUGGUACUCUUUCAAGACUCAAACACUUCGAGCUUAUAUUUGUGCUAUCUUUCUCCGCCUUUGCAAUUAUCGUGCAGAUUUUAGACUUCCCUCUCCUCCGCUAUGCUUUUAAGCUUGAUAAUUUUGAGCAUGCAACCAUGUUUCUCCAUCUUGCCAUAUUUUCAGGUUUCACCCUUUUUACAGAGAUAACUCAUUCAUCUGAAAUCCUUUCUGGGGUCAGUGGAAUCCUUGCAUCCUCUGUUUUUGGUCAAGAGCUAUUCCUGCUCCAUUUCCACUCAACUGACCACGUUGGACUUGAAGGACAUUACCAUUGGCUCUUGCAGCUAAUAGUAUUUGUCUCUCUUGUAUCAGCUUUAGCUGCAACUAAUUUUCCGUCCAGUUUUCCUGCAGCUCUUGUGCUUUCAAUUUCUGUUGUAUUCCAAGGAUGUUGGUUUAUGAACAUGGGAUUUAUGCUAUGGGUUCCUAACUUGAUACCUGAGGGUUGUGUCAUGCAAUUGUCUGAGGCCAACACUUAUGGCAUGCAUGGAGCAGUCACUUGUGGAUCUAUUGAUGCAGACUUGAGGGCUAGAGCGCUUGCCAACUUGCAGUUCAGUUGGAUCCUAGCUGCAAUAUUGUUGUUCACGGGGGGUGCUUGCCUGAAAUCUGCUGGAAGAUGCACAUCAAGGGUUCAGUCAAUUGAGUAUGAGCAACUCCAUAAUAAAGGCGCAAAUUGUAACUUGACUUGCAUAGUGAAAAGAAUUUCACCUGCGAAGUGACUAAUGGCUUAAAUUCUUUACACCCCAAUAAGUCCACUGGCCCUCCAGUUUUCCUUUCAACUUAACAUUAACAUUCAUAGUGCAUGGAAGGUAGUCUUGGGCUAAGAACAACCUCUAAAGGUGUUGCUUUAGGUGAAGUCAAUCCAGGACUCUCACUCAUAUCAAUUGGAUUAUCUGAGACUCUCUUCAAUUCGAAGCCCUGAAGCAGCCGAGCUAGUGUGAGGUGUAGAAUCUGAAGAGCAAAUGACACUCCUGGGCACAUUCUUCUACCAGAUCCAAAUGGUAUACAUUCGAAGUCCUGACCCCUGAUAUCCUGAUGGGUAUGCUCAUUCAGGAACCUCUCGGGCUGAAAUUCCAAAGGGUUAAUCCAAAUGUUAGGGUCACGGUGCAUCUUCCACAGGUUAACAAAAAGGCGUGUGCCAGCUGGGAUGUGGUAACCGGCUAUGGUGCAAUCCACCAUGGCUUCCCGUGGCACUGAGAGUGGCGCAGCAGGGUAUAGUCUUAAUGUUUCCUUCACAAUAGCUUGCAAGUAUGUGAGGUUCGUCAUGCAUGACUCAUUGUGCACUUGUUGGUGCCCUCCUACGUGGAUGGCAAGCUCAUCUUGAGCCUUUAUCAGCACGCUACGGUUGUUUAAUAGCAAAGAUAACGCCCAAGUAAGAGUGACCGCGAUGGCGUCUCUGCCUCCCAGGAUAAGACUCUACAAUACACAUAAUACACCGCAUAAGAUGACAAACUAAAGAGACAUCAUUCAAAAUUUGUAACUGAGAGUUCAGAGUUUAGAUUAAAAGAAGUUUUUAGUGUCUAAUUAUUUUUAGACCAAGAAUGAGAAUUUCUGGGAUAAAAGCAGGCUAAGGUCAUUCUACAGUGAAAGGAACAGGCUAUAUAUCAACUGAAAUAGUUCUUUGUUUCUUUACCAAAAUCGAGAAAUAGAAGAAAUUAGAUACAGCAUCUAAACAUUUCAGCUAGCCUGAUUCUAACGAAAGGUACCUCAAAGUUGAAAGAUUCAAUACUCCA